AUGUCAUCAUUAUUGUCAAGUCUGUCUGAAAAAUUGCAUUUACACAAUGAUCAAGAGGCUAUUGAGUUAGCUAUAAAUCAUUUUAAUAAUUCCCAUCAACCAUACAAUGAUUUAUUUGAAUAUCUUUUACUAUUAUCUGAAUCACAUCAUAAUAAUAUGAAUUUAAUCAAUUGUCUUAUUCAUUCCUUUGUUCAAUGGAAAAAUCAAUCAAAUAAAACUGUCGCAAUUCCUCAUAUUGAUGAAAAUUUAAUUAGUGAUUUAAUUUUAAGAAAAUUACCAAUAAAAUUCUUACAAGAUUUCUGUGAAAUAUUUAACAUUUCGAAAGAUAAUUUAUUAUUUUUAUUACGAACUUUAAUAUUUGAUCCAUUAAAUUCACCGUCAUAUAAACGUGCACUAAAUAUAAUUGUAAAAUUCAAUUAUCAAUUAGAAUUUUCUCCAAAUGAAAUUUUAUUACCAUUAAUACUUCAAACAAAAGAUCAUCUUAUUCAUAUCUAUAUGGAUAAGAAACCACAAUUAGAAGGAUAUGUAUUAGAGUUACUAGAUUAUUUAUAUGAAAGUGGAGGGAAGAAAAUUCGAGAAAUUUUAUCCAACCAAUUCAAUAUCCGAAAUUUAAAUCUUAAUAAAAAAGCUCUCGGUAAAUUAGCGGUUCGCUAUUGGAAUACAUUGGGAAAUGAGCAAACAGAAAAGUAUCCAAAUUUAUCUACAUUACAACAUAGAAGAACAUUAAGUUAUUUAAUUAAUGUUAAAUAUUUUGAGAAUAUUGAAGAAAAAACAACGAGUGACGAAGCUUGGAACGAAUUAAUUGAAGAAAUUAUAUUAGGCAAUAAUGACCUAUCGGAUUAUUUCAUCGAAUUGCUUGUUGAUAAAGAUGAUAUUGUUGCUGUUAGAUAUUGGAUCGCAUGGUUAAAUCGACCUGAGCAUACAUUACCUCCUUGGGUACAAAGGUAUAUUCGUUCUAAACCAAACAGCCGAUCUACAACAGUAGCCGUUGAUAAAAGCCCUAAGCAAAUCGCAUCUAUUGAAUAUUACAAAAUGCCGCUUGAAGAUAUACAAAUAGUUUUUGUUGACUCCAUGCCUGGAUAUGAACGUUUACUUGAUCGUUUAUUUAAUGGAAAUAAUAGUCAAGAAGAGCUAAUACUUGGUUUUGAUUGUGAAUGGAAACCAAUAUUUAAUAAUACAUCGACAUCUAAACAACGUCUUAGUAUAGUGCAAAUAGCAUUUCCGAACGAAAUAUUCUUGCUUGAUGUACUUCAUUUUUUUCAUACAUGUGAUCCCGAAAAUAUUCAAAGACGUUUAGCAAAUCGUUUGUUCGACGAUGAUCACGUGACAAUACUUUGUUACGGUUUUCAAGCAGAUGCUUCUAUGCUGAUUGCUUCUUAUCCAAUUUUCAAUCAAGUACUUCUCUCGGGAAAGACUUUAUUAGAUUUAUCGUUUGUACAAACAGAGUUGUUGAAUACUCGGCGAGAUAUAUUUCCAUAUCCUACACUACCAAAUAAUAUAAUUUCAAAAGAGAAAGGCCUGAGUGAAUUAGUUCGUUUAUGUUUUGGUAAAACAUUAAAUAAAUCUGAGCGAUGUUCUAAUUGGGACCGACGGCCAUUGCGACAAGCUCAAAUUCAUUACGCAGCAUAUGAUGCGUAUUGUUUAAUUGAUAUUUAUAAUUGUCUCGGUAAUCGUCUUCAAUCAUUCGAUUAUCUUCAAUCACUUCGUGGAUACAAACCGAAAAAAUCCGAUCCACCAGUCGAUCAAAAUGAUCAUUUUCAAACAUCGAAUAGUGUUACUUCGGUUCAAUGA